CUCUGCACGCAGGUGUCAUGGCGGCUCUCUAGUCAGUCUCGGUUCGUGUUUGUUAUUGUUUAUAAAGUGAUUUAAUACUUCAUCUGAUUUUACGGUCCGCUGGUGAUCAUAACAAAUUUUAAACAACAUUCUGACGCAAUCGCGGAUGCAAUAAAAAUAUCUUCAGGACGAGUCGUGGACCUACAGAAACAGUUUAUCUGUGCAUAUGGUAUGCUAAGAUAUAGCAGCUGUAUAUAAAAUGAGUUUAUAAACUUAUAAACGCAUGAGCUGAACUUUUUCACAUAAUACACGCGUUUAUAAACUCGUCGGAGCUUAUUUCCCUUCACAAACAGGCUUGGAAACAAAGACUAUGAGCACACAAUACAGUAUACUCUUCAAGCAAGAGCAUGCUCAUGAGGAUGCCAUCUGGACAGCGGCAUGGGGCCGCAGUGAGAAAGAUGGAUCAGAAACCAUCGUCACCGGCUCUCUGGAUGAUCUGGUGAAAGUGUGGAAAUGGUCGGACGAAAAACUGGAGCUACAGUGGACCCUGGAGGGUCACCAGUUGGGCAUAGUCUCGGUGGACAUCAGUCAAAAUGGGGCGAUCGCCGCCUCCAGCUCUCUGGAUGCUCACAUUCGCCUGUGGGACCUGGAGACGGGCAAACAGAUCAAGUCCAUGGAUGCAGGCCCAGUUGAUGCCUGGACGGUGGCCUUUUCCCCGGACUCUAAAUACAUCGCCACCGGCAGCCAUCUAGGGAAGGUCAACAUCUUCGGUGUGGAGAGCGGGAAAAAGGAGCACUCGUUAGACACCAGAGGGAAAUUCAUUCUUAGCAUCGCUUAUAGUCCAGAUGGAAAGUACUUAGCCAGCGGUGCUAUAGAUGGAAUCAUUAAUAUCUUCGAUAUUGCGACUGGGAAACUCCUGCACACGUUGGAAGGUCAUGCUAUGCCCAUCAGAUCUCUGACCUUCUCUCCAGACUCUCAGUUGCUGGUUACAGCAUCAGACGAUGGCUACAUCAAGAUUUAUGAUGUGCAGCACGCUAAUCUGGCCGGGACUCUCAGCGGUCACGGGUCGUGGGUGCUGAAUGUGGCUUUCUCACCUGACAACACACACUUUGUAUCAAGCUCAUCUGAUAAGAGCGUUAAAGUUUGGGACACCAGCAGCAGAUCGUGUGUGAAUACGUUCUUUGAUCAUCAGGACCAAGUUUGGAGUGUGAAAUACAACCCCACCGGCUCAAAGAUCGUAUCAGCGGGCGACGACAGAGCCAUCCAUAUUUACGACUGUCCCAUGUGAUUCUCCCAGAGACACGGCCAGUUGAAAAAUCACUAGGAAUCUCGUAUCCAGCAGGCCAAGACCACACCACACCCACUCAAGACCUCAGAAUUCAUGGAGAUUUUUUAUUUCAUGGUGUCAUUGCCAACUUCAACAUCUGUAUAUGGAGAUACAAAUAAAUGUUUUUGUUUUCUAAAGAAGUUUUUCCCUAUUUGACCUGCUGUGAUAUCUGCAUUGUGUACAGUGUGCAAACACCAGUCAUUUAGUUCACUGUUCUGCCCUCUACAGGCCUCCUGCUGUUACUGCACCUCCACUGCAGUAUAAGGUUAGAAAAAUUAUUUUUAGUUUGGCUGGCUUUGAGCUUUUUUUAAUGGUCUUUUAGCAGAUGUGUGUAAAUAAAUACUGUAUGAAUUACAGUCUGCAAAUUAAAGGGGCUGUAAUCAAUGUUUCAUAAUUACACAUGCAAUAUGACAUUAUAUGGAUAGAAUAGGCUACAUGGAAUUUGUACAUUAAAAAAAAAAAUCUAAUGUAUAGAAUAUACUUUUUCACAAACUAUAUAUACAGGUGCAUCUCAAUAAAUUAGAAUGUCGUGGAAAAGUUCAUUUAUUUCAGUAAUUCAACUCAAAUUGUGAAACUCGUGUAUUAAAUAAAUUCAGUGCACACAGAC